AUGUCGCGACGCUAUCCCACCGCUGAGCUCUACGAAGAGCGCCAGCGCGACUUCUAUCGCAAUGGCAAUCGCACCGAGCGCACUUACGACGAGCUUGACCUCGACCUCUCGCGCGGCAACCCCCGCCGCAGCGCUCCCGACUUUCUCCGCGACGACCACGAUCGACGGUCCCACGCCGGCCCGCUCGUCGUGCGGGAGCGACGAGAGGAGGACUUUUCGAGAGGCCCGCCCCGCCGCCGUGAAGUCGAAGAGGACACUCUUGUCGUCCGCGGCGGCCGACCAGGGCCGCCUUCGAGCGUGCGGGACGUCGAACGUGACGACAUCAGCAUCCGCCGCAGCGACGCCGGCGAGCGCCGACGCCCAAGAGAGGUCGAAAGAGACGAGACGGACAUCACCAUCCGGCGCCGGGAGCAGUCAAGGCCCCGACCACCAGAGACUCGCGAAUUCGAGCGCGAAGAGGUCAGCUUCCGACGCGGCGAUGGCCCCCGUCCCAGGCCGCGCGAGGUCGACGUUGAACGCGAGGACAUUAGAUUCCGUGAACGACCUUCUCCGCCACGAUCAGUCCGCGGAGGGGACCGUGAGGAUUUCGUCUUCCGCCACGAACAUCGCGAGGACAGCCGUCCUGGAAGAGAGCGCGACGUCGAGAAGGACACCCUCGUCAUUCGUGGCCGGGAGAGGAGCAUGCCACCCCCUCGCUCGCGAGGAGAUCUGGUAGCGCGGGAGCGUGAGGAGUUCAUCGUCCGCCGCCGAUCACCCUCCCCGCCGCCCCGAGAGGUCAUUAAAGACGAGAUCAUUAUCCGGCGCAGAGAGGAGCGUUCCCCAACGCCUCCCCCUCCACCUCCACCACCGCCACCACCAGAGCCAGAGAUCAGGCCACCGAUUAUUCAGGAGAUCAUCACCCAUCACCGACACAUCGACCACGGAGUCGAGAGAGCCAGAUCACCAACUCCACCUCCACCACCUCCGUCGCCGCCGCGCGAUGAGAGCCUCGAAAUCUCAAUCCGACGAAAAGAAACCCGGACUCCGGGCAGAGACUUCGAGCAGGAGAUCACAUACGAGCGCGAUACGUUCGAACGGACGGGUCGGGAGCUUGAAGUCAGCAGAAGCCGCGGACGAUCGCUCAGUGCACCGAGACGUCGUGCGACCGCUCCGCCCGACUCCGACUUUGAGUUGGAAGCUGAUUACUACAACCGCAAGGCUUUGGAGCGAGGUUAUCCUGGCGAAGCAUACAAUGGCGCAACCAAGGACUGGGCGAUUGUCGAUGUGCCGCCAGGGACAAACCGCGUCCGCAUGGAUGGUAUUGGAGGCGGUGCUCAAGAGAUUACCUGGCAGCGCUACAAUGGCGUGCGUCGCUCCAAGUUCAUGAGUGGCGACGAUGAGCUCGCGACCGACUUUGGCGCCCCUGCCCAUGCAAAGCCAAAAACCAAGGAUAUGUGGACAGAAAUCACGAAGGAUCUUGUCAUUAAGGAGGCUAUCGACUCCAUGGGUUACGACUACGAAGAGACGGAUUACUUCUUCUAUGUCAUGGAGUACCUUCGAUAUGAGGAUGUUCUGCAGCUCGUUGAGAUAUCCGACGAUAUUCGCCGUAGGCGCAAGUCUCGCAUUCGCCAGAUCGAAUAUGAGCGCGAGGAGAUUCGCGAUCGGCGACCUCCUCGGGAGUGGGAUGAUCGUUUCUAUGAGCACGAGGUGUCAUAUGACAGUCGCCGCUCUCGAUACAGAUAG